AUGUGCAUGGUCCAACUUUACUUCUUCAGUUCUUUUACAACCAUGGAAUAUUUGCUGCUCACCACUAUGGCAUAUGAUCGGUACAUGGCAAUCUGUAAACCAUUAUUUUAUGCUCAGGUUAUGAACCAAAGAGCAUGCAUAUUAUUGGCUGCUACUGCUUGGAUAGCUGGGUUUUUAGCAGCAGCCCCAAUAUCAAUCUUGUCUUCUGCUUUCACUUACUGUGAAUCAAACAUUAUCAAUCAUUUCUUCUGUGACAUCACUCCCUUGCUGAAAUUAUCCUGUGAUGACACAUCUACUGUUGAGUUUGUAAUGUUUGCUCAAGGUGUCUCUUUCUUGUUUAGCUGUUUUGUUCUUACACUGAUGUCCUACAUAUUCAUAAUAUCAGCAGUCCUGAAAAUAACCUCCACUGAUGGAAAAUACAAAACAUUCUCCACUUGUGGCUCCCACCUCACUUCCGUUACCCUCUUCUAUGUCCUACUUGUCUGUGUUUAUAUGAAACCAUCCUCUUCUUAUUCACUGGAUGAAGGGAAAGUCCUCUCUGUUCUCUAUGUAAAUGUCAUACCCAUGUUAAAUCCCAUGAUAUACAGCUUGAGGAACAAAGACAUGAAAAAGGCUUUGAAAGACUUGCUGAGAAGAUGUGCCUUCUGCAUGCUAAAGGGUAUUCUAAAAGAUUCCCUUAUAUAA